AAGUGAAGUGGAAUGCUAUGCCGAGUUAAAAACAACUGGGAAAUCUCCGACAUCGGACUACAGUGCGUUCAAGACAACUGGGAACUGUUAGCAAUUUGAUAUGUAGACGGACGAGUCGGUCAAGGAUCGAUUCAGACAAGGUGGUAAAUUGUAUGACAAGCUACAGUUUAUUCAGAGUGAAGAUAUCUAGAACAGCAUAAUUACGGCUCUCCCGCUGGUUCGUACGGAAGCGCAGACGAAGAAGAGGCCGAUACAAUCAGUACACCACUUAUAUAUAGAACAGAAAGUAGGUUGAUUCUGGAAGAUCGGAUCUUUGGAUUGGUUCAGCUGGGGUGUAGUCUGUAGUCUUCCGCCAUUGGCUCAGUUGUCUGUCCGUCAUCGUAGAAUCCUCUUCGGGCAUUCAACGUUCAGCUACAACGGAGAUCAUGUGUGUGUGCGCUGGUUUUGGCCAUUAGUGUAAUGCGGGAGCUAUCCUGUAGGGGACCCCACAGGCUCAACUCUGAGUUGUAGCCCUUUAUAAACAAUAGUUUGGUCACCUGCAUAAGAAAUAGCAUUUCUCUACAGAACUCGAAGAAAAAAAAGAUUUCCGACUAGGAAUAAUCUUUGUGAACGGUCAUCCAACUCGGAAUUCCAAGUCUGAAACUCGGGCAUAUUUCUAAAGCGCUGACUUUCCGACCUGAAGAUCAUAGACGUCAUGAUUUGACCUCGUUUUUUCUCAGUUGUCUUGAAAGCACCAUUGUCAAAACAGACUACCACAGUUACUAAACCGGUCCCCAUGCUGGACAAGAUGCGGUACUGUCAACAAAAUGCGACGAAAACGUCAUUUUAGCUCGUGACUGCAAUGUUACCAUGGAUACGUAUUGCUUACAAACACCUCUGGGCUGUCAAAAAAUUAUAUUUACAGCCCAAUGGAAAUAGCCAAUCAUGACUUCUGAAGUUUACCUGGAAAUCGUGGGUUUGAUGAAAGAACACCAUUUUCAAAUUGCUAAGAGCAUUGCCGAGGGACUGAAACAGAAGUUUCCCACCUCGUUUUUGGAUCCAACAAUUCGUCCAUUACUCGAAUGUGACUGGCAUGUGUAUCUAACCAAUAAGAAAAGGGAGCUGAAAGGGGAGGUCUGGCAGUUCUCCAGCAACCUAAUGUGUUUCGUGAAUGGUUGUCUCCUUGGCAACGAGAAGGACCUGACCAGCUGGGCUGAGAAGCAGUGGGAGUUUACACUUAUCCGUCCAGAUGCACUAUACCUGGCCCUCGCUGACGACUACUACUCUAAACACCUCCUCAGCACUGGGCACACGUUUGUUUACAUGGACAUUUCGAUCCGAGGGGACUCGGUUGGAAGAUUACUGUUUGAGCUGUUUACAGAGCUGUGUCCGAAGACGUGUAAAAACUUCCAGGCUCUGUGUACAGGGGAGGCAGGCCUGUCACAGAGUGACUUAAUCCUGUCCUACAAGGGUUCUGUGUUCCAUCGUGUGGUGCCCAACGGCUGGAUACAGGGGGGAGAUAUUUCUGCACCAGGCAAAGGCAACGGAGGGGAGUCAAUCUACGGGCCAACUUUUGAAGAUGAGAGCUUUGCAGUCUCCCACAGUAGGAGGGGCAUCCUGGGAAUGGCCAACCAGGGUCCUCAUAGCAACAGCUCUCAGUUCUACAUCACCCUGCAGCCCGCCCUUUGGAUGGACAGACAAUAUGUGGCUUUCGGGUGUUCAAGUGGUUGAAGGCACAGAGGUUCUGAGGAGACUUGAAGAAGUCUCAACCUACAAUGAAAGACCCAAACAAGACUGUAAAGUAGCAGACUGUGGAGUGUUUGAACCCUGACAUAACCUUAACUGCAUAUUUUUAUUAAAACUCAGUUUGACAACA